AUGUUGGCAGUACCGUCUCCAUCUGCUGAUGCUCUUCCUCAUGAUAAAAUGCUAUCGAUUUUGAUGCAAUCACCUACCAAGUCAAAGAGUACAUUCCAAGUAUCUUCUGAAAACGCUAUAGGGCUUUCGGAGUCGUCAAUGACAAAGUCCGAAGAACAAGAAUCAGCAGUGGCAAGUACAGCUUCAUCUACGAUGCCAAGCACAAUGCUAAGUGACUCUGAAACGUGCUAUUCUUUUGGUAAGCGUUUGUGUGAUGAUGAGGAUUCAAACUCCCUUGGUGAGACGCAAGAAGUGAAUUCAAUAAUAACUCCAAAUGUAUUUCAGCUCUCUAAGAAACAACAAGGUUCCAUAUCUCAUGUCGGUACUAAACGUAGAAGUCAUUCGGCUUUUGGUGAUGCCUUGCAAACCAUAUUUGAAGAGAUCUCAUGGACAAGCGUAUUCAAUGCCAAAUUGAAACGUCUAGAUACAAACAUCUAUGUCAUUAGCAAGCCCCAGGACUUGAAUAGACUUUUGGUGUAUCAACGUUCACAACGAACACCUCAAGAAGGUGCAUUCCCUUAUUUGCACGGAUUAACGUAUGCUAAACAACGGACAUUCUUCAACGAAAGUCUUGAUGAUAUUGAUAUUGCAUCCACACCUUUUGGUUCCCACUUUCAUCUUAUGAUCUUUAAGGAUCUGAGUUGUUCUUCGGAUAUGCCUUCGCUCUUGUGUAACACCUUGGACUACAACGAGUCUCUCUUCACACAGGCUCUGUUCAGCGAUUACACCAAGUUGAUUGUCAAGAAGAUGAAGAGACAAGCCAUGAGCAAUCGUAACUUUGUUCAACAAGUUCAAACCAUGCUGCCCGUGUCCAACUUUUUGGUAUACGGCAACAAGAAGGAACGGAUUGCAAGAUCAUUACUGUCUAAAUCUGAUACCUCGUCACAGUCAAUAUAUGUGAUUGACCCAGAGUAUCCUGUUUCAUUCUGGAAGAAUAUCAAGAGUCAAUUUAUCGACACUGAAACCUCUAAACAGAUUGUGCCAGGAACAAUCUCAAUGGCCACCCAUGGUUUCCUCAAGCCUCCAAGCCGGUUCUUGGAGUUGGAGCAGAAUUUGAUCUGGAUGCUCAAUAAGGCUCGUCCUUUAAAUUAUAAGGGGUUGAGGAACAUCACGGUGGGGACUGUUAUUGAUUACCGUCACGAGCAGGCUCGUAGAGAAUCAAAAUACGAUAUGAUUAUCAAAUGUCAUGAAUAUGCUCAACUUCCUUCGUUUGAAGAUUUAUACCUUGUUACAAACGAAGGUUAUGAUGAUUCCAUUGUAGCUGAGUUUGAUUUCCCAGCUUCAGGGUCUGUGGCAUAUCAAGAGUGGACUAAUCCAGAGAUGCUUUUGGCAAUACUCAACUUUUUAAAGGUUAUCCAUCAAUUUACAGCUCAGGGUAAACAGAUUAUGAUAUACUCGUUUGAUGGAUUGACUGGGGUUUCUCUUUUGAUAAUUGCUGUAUGUUUUAUGUUGGAUGACAACAGUGCAAUGACACUACACGAGUCAAUGUUGCAGCUUCUUUCGCAAGAACGGUUGUAUUUCUUCAAACAAGACUUUUUGGUGUUGGAACACUUGGCAACGUUUAUUCGUCAAUUGAAGAAACAUCCAGAGAUUUUAAACCGCAAGGGGUUGAUUUCAGACUUUUCCUUUGCAUUAGAAGACCCUAUAACCAAAACUUUGUGUCAAUCGCUACCUCCUACUAGUCCCCAUGACCAUCGUUUUGAUUUGGGACUGGUUAGUCAAUCGUUAGAGGUGUUGAGUGAGAAGAUGGAGUUUGAAGACGAUUGGUUUAGCCAAGAUUUAUCAGACUACAAUUUCCCUUCACGUAUUACACGGAAUGUGUAUUUGGGAUCGUUUCAACAUGCCAACUCUUAUUCUGUGUUGCAGGGUCUUAAGAUUACCAGAUUGGUAUCAAUGGGAGAAAGACCGCAUGUGCUUGGUAAUGUGAAGUUUGACUUUGAAGACAUGGAACACGGUGUUAAGCCCAUAUUUGUAUGCAAACGGAGUGAAUGCAAAAUCUACGAGGUCAACCUUGACACUCUGGAUAAGGAUUCGGUAAUACAUCUGCUUAAGACCGUGGUUUAUGUACAUAAGAUCAACGAUGACGGUCGUGAUCUGUUGGCCGAACUCUUGAUGGAAUGUCCUGAGGAAAUACAGGCCAAAUUCUUGAUUGAUCCCUUGGGUAUCCGUCAAGUUGGUUCAAGUAAUACCGAUGAUGAACGGGUGUUGGUACAUUGUCGCAUUGGGGUGAGCCGUUCGGCUUCAAUAGUUGUCGCAACAAUCAUGAAACAUAUGAGAAUGAACUUAGCGGAUGCAUACAUGUUUGUCCGUGUUCGGAGGUUGAAUAUCAUCAUACAACCUAAUUUGCGCUUCUUUUUCGAUCUAUACUUGUAUGAAGAGCAUUUGGGCUUGGAGAGACGGUAUCAGUGGAGUUAUCUUUGUCACGAGAUUGGUGAGUUGAAUGUACACUAUCUUAAAUAG